CACACAGAGUUCCUCUCUGAGUGCUGAAUGGUGAGAGAACAGCACAGCUGCAUGAGGUGAACUUGGAUAGAAACAUUUCUCCAAACUGAAGUCUUCAAAGGGCUUCAAAGGGAAGCAAAUGGACCCACGAUCCCCCACUCCUGAACACUAAAGACACAGGCGACCCAGAGAGAGAGUGAAGAGGAAAGAAGAGUCAGAGAUUUUUCCAUCACCUGAUUUGUGGAGCUUUAACAUGGGAUUAGCUCCAGACAUCAGUGAGCACCUCUCUAAAGGAACUUCCUGUUUAUGGCCAGCUUGUGCCCCAGUGUAUCCUGACUGAGAGCCUGACAAGAUCCUGGCCUCUGAGUUCUCACCUCUAACCCUGGAGGGGUGGGGGGGUCGGCGGGGAGAAAAUGCGGUACACCACUCUCUUGGCCCUGCUGAUAGGGGUCAUGUUGUACGUGGUGAUGGGAGCGCUCGUUUUCCGUACCCUGGAGGCCCCCAAGGAGAGCUCGGCGUACAAAGACCUGCUUAAAACCAAGCAAAACUUCCUGGAUAAUAACUCCUGUGUCACCGAGCUGGACUUCCACAAGCUUGUGAAGGGAGUGUUGUCUGCGGUGGAAGCAGGCCUGGAUGUGAGCAGCCUCUCUGCCAACUUCACCAGCCGCUGGGACAUGGCCUCCGCCUUCUUCUUCUGUGGUACCAUCAUUACCACCAUAGGCUUCGGGAACCUUUCUCCUCGGACAUGGUACGGCCAGUUGUUCUGCGUGUGCUACGCCUUGGUGGGCAUCCCCAUGUUUGGCAUACUGCUGGCUGGAGUGGGUGACCACAUGGGCACGGUGCUGCGGAGAGCUGUGGCCAAGAUUGAGACCCUCUUCCUGGUGAGAAUGAAACAUAAGGUCAAGCCGACCACUGUGCGUGUGAUCUCAGCGGUUCUCUCCAUCCUGAUUGGUUGUCUGAUCUUCCUCGCCGUGCCAACAGUCGUGUUUCAGAAAGUGGAGGACUGGUCGUUUCUGGAGUCACUCUACUUUGUGGUCAUCACUCUCACCACUGUUGGCUUCGGAGACUACGUACCAGGUGGUGGUCGUGCGGGUGGCAUGUUCUUCAAGCCUCUGGUGUUGCUGUGGAUAGUGUUUGGUCUUGCCUACUUUGCCUCCAUCCUCACCAUGAUAGGCAACUGGCUGAGGGUGCUGUCGAAGAGGACCCGCGCUGAGAUGGAGGAGUUGAGGGCCCACGCCACAGACUGGACCCAGAACAUCCAGAACAUGUCCAUGGACUUCCGCAUCCCUAACCCUCUGGAGUUCAACGACCCCUUCCUUCUGCAGCGCCGGCGCUGGAAACGCAGCGAGCGCCGUCGCAUCCGUCGGGGAGCCCAGGGUACUCUGGGAUACUGGAUCCGAGGGGGAUCUGAGAAUGGACACCUGCCGAUCCGCUGGGCCGGCCUGUCCAGCUCCAUCAGCCAGCUGGACGCCCCUUCGUCUCUCGAGAGGGGAGUGGUGGCUAGGUCCAGGCCGCGGGCCAGCCCUGCUGGAGGGGGAACAGUCCCGAGAGCAGGGCCUGGAUUGAUGGUCGAUCCUGCUGUGAGUCUGCAAGUGGAGGGCAGGUCGUUUCCUCACCUGCUGGCCCGCUCAUUCUCCCUCCCUGUGGCCCGCUCCACCUCAGAGCUGGACUCGGCAGGUGCAGCCAUGCAGGGAGGAUCUCCCUCUGGAUCUGAAUCUGCUUUUGACUCCAGAUCAGACGGCUCCUCUGUGUCCUUGUCCUUCCCGGCACUCCACCAGUUACAGCCCUGCUGUACCAUCACCACCAUGGAGAAGGGAGGAGCAAGAGCCACAGACAUGGACACAGCACAAAAGAAAGAUAAAGUGAUUCCAGCAGAGAAAUGUGGAUCUGUAUCAAACAAUAGCCACAAACAUACACCUACCCCUGGCUUUUGCCAAUGCUCCUCCCUUCUGCCCCCUUUUUUUCCUCCUCCUCUCCCACCAAUCCUCCUUCCCUCCCCUCCCCUCAACAGUGCUUCCUCAGCCAGCUGCCAGCUGCUGGAUUUCUUCGGGGAGAACCUGGCGUACAUCGACGAGUCCUCAGACACGCUGAGCGACCGUGCCCAGCCGGCAGCGAGCGAGGAGAAGAGGAGAAGGCCACGAAAGCCCAAGAGAAGGAGCAUAAGGAGGCAGCUGUCACACAGUUGGAGCCCCCUGCGGGUAAAGACGUCCAACAGGGACAUGCAGCCACCAUCCAAUCCCCCUACACCACCUCCAGACUCCUCUCUUUCAGACCUGCCCCGAUCGGAGAAGCAGAUGGAUUGAGCUCCUGCACUCUGACGACCACCACACUCACAGCACAGUGCCAAAGUCGAGAUGUGACAAAACAUGAAUAACCCAAAACAAUGCUGUGGGUUUCCAGCAAACCCAAUACUCCCACCCACACACAACAUGCAUACCAUCUCCAAAUCUCGCUUUACUUAAGUCAACUAUUAUUCAGUGCUAUUUAUGGUUAGCCUUGCAAAGUCAGCCCACAAAAGUUUCUUCCGUUACUUUGUGAUCAGGCAAAGCUCAAUAGAAAUUUGUUCGGGACAGGAAUCCCUUUAAAUAGACUGCACAAUACAUGAUUUACAACUGUUGUCCAAAGAGACAUCAAGAUGAACCCAGUCCUCAUGACUCAACAAUGGUUCUAUUAGGUUGGCUGUCACACAGCGAAACAAAAACAGAAAAAGGCUGGCUAGUCUGGAAAUGCCAGGUUUUAAAUAAAUCUGAAGAGAGAGACAAAUAGGCCUUUCAGAUGAAGGAAUUAUUCUUUAUUUCAAAAUCGACCAUACCUGGUAUAAACAGUUGGUCAGGAGUGCAAGAGGUUUCAGGAGGCAAUGAGUCACAUCAUUUUCCAGACAUCAUUACACAUAAUUAUCUACUUUGUUGACCUGGAUCUCAGCCACUGGGCUCAGUCGAUUCUCGGCAGACGCAUUCAUCACUGGAUGUCAGAUUUAAGCUUUGUGAGGCUAACUCGAGGCGACUGACUAGUAGCUUUAAAUUCAGUGCUGGGUUUCCCGCAGUGUUGUACAGCUGAGGUGGGGCACCUUGCUUGAAACAAGACCACUUCAGGUAAUGUUAGAAAAAUUAUUUGACUUUUACGAAAUAUAAAAUUGAAAGGGAAAAAAACAGGGAAAGAGAGAGAGGAUGGAUUUUGUAAAGCAAAUGCCAUAUAUCUAGUAAGUGUUGACUGUUGUUUAAGCCGUCAUCUACUAACUAAAUUGAUCACAACACACCAAGUUACCGUCCACUGCUUCGUGUUUAAACAUUUUGUGCUCCUUACACCGUGAUAAGCAUUGUUGUGUGCUUGCCUCGGAUAUAAGUGGUCAGAGUGAUAUUAAAGCAAUGCUGUGGUUAUUUUUAAGUUUGUGGUUUUUACCAACUCUGCGAUCAAGUGUCCUUACUGUUGGCAAGAAUCUGCUUGUAACCACUUUUCCUCUUGGCUGAUACAGUUUUUAAUGGUUUUUUUAUUUAUUUCUUUUAAUAUUAUUUUCAAAAACUUUACUCCUUUGCCACAUAAAUAAGCAUGCAGGUUUUUCAGAUUGUGUACAUGCCUUUCAAGUGCUAUUUGUCCUCAGCUGAACUGUUGUUGUUUGACAUUAACAGGGCUCGUGCUCCACAGCGCACCUUGAAGUUGUACAAAGGCUGUAGUGCCUAUGAAGUGAUGUUGAUUGAUAUAAAACCAAACCUGUGUCCCAGUUUCGUACUACCUACUAUUUCUAGACUUUUUUUUGAGUGUAUUCACCCUGGAAAAGUGACAAUUCAAAGAUACAUCCUAGGAUGCCUUCAGUGACGUUCCCGAGGUCGUCGGGUGUUUCCGGUCAUUCAACUUCACACACCCUCGCUCAGUACACUCAAGACAGUUAGCAGUGCUCACAGAUGGCGAGACAGUUCCAGAAAAAUCUUGGAAAACGAAAAACCUUUAGUAUUAAAUCUCUAGAAAGACAUAUACUUCUCUUUAAUUGAUUGACAUAUCAGUUCCUUAGUAUAUAAUGCUAAAGUAUGUCCAUUUCUUGUAUACUAACCCCAAUUUAAAGUAAAGCUUACUUUAUAGUACAUACUUUAUACAGUUAGUAUGCCGUAUAAAAUUGGGACACAGUCUGUUGUUCCCAAACCUCCAGUGGAUGUGAAAUGACGUGAACCCUGAACUCUGAGAGUCCAGAAUGAACUCAGCCCUUGGUGGAUGUGGGAUAAAAAGUCAGUUCCCGCUUACUCAGAACCAGGAGCUACUACACGAGGCUAUCGUGGCAUAUUGCCCUCUGCCAGCGCCAAAAUAAGUAACUUACUGAAUCCACACUCAAAUUCAGGCGCCCACAUAUUUUGUAAUUCGUUGAGAGGGCUGGAAGGAGAAAGAUAUUCACAUGGCACUGUCAUUAUGAGUCUGACUGCUGACGUAUGAAGGUCAAGUAUGUUUUCCCUCUUUCUCUAUGUUUCUUUUAAUUCUUUUUAUGUAAUAAAAAAGAUGGUGGCAAGUCUUAAAGUAUUAAAUUUAAAUGUGAAUGUAAAUCCAAAUGUCAGUUAUACAUCUUGGUGUCAAAUCUAAACCCUUAAGCUAAAUAUCUAAAUAACAGUUACAGAGUAUCCUAAAUGUAAAUCUAAGUGUCAUACCCUAAAUCCAAUGGUGGAAUGUAACUAGGUGUAUUUACUCAAGUACUGUUCAAUACUUAAGUACAGUAGCAUUGACUCUUUUCUUUUCUUGCAAUUUUAUACUUCUACUCCACUACCAGGGGUAAAUAUUAGCCUUUUCACUCCAUUACAUUUAUUUGAUAACUCUAGUUACUUUUAAAAUUAAGCUAUUUGCAUAAAAGACAUAUGAAGAGUUUCUAAAAUAUGAUGCUAUGAUACAUUGAACUACCCAACAGUAAAUACAACACAAAUACAGCUGGAUUGAUUAGUCAUUUUUCAUGCAGAGGUGCCAAACAUUUUUUGUUUCCA